UUGGAGAACCAUUCGUUGUUAGUACGCCCAGCAGGUGGAGACAAAAUGGUGAUGUAUUUUCACACUCGGUGGUAUUUUGGUCUUUUCGCUGUCCGUAUGUGCAGCUGCAAUAAUAUUCCCAAAUCCUGAAAUACUCCUGAGACGUAAACAAGUAAAUAGCUACAGGUCACAACUCGCAUAAUCUGCUAAAUAUGAAUCCAGUAGAUCAGAAUGGGACAAAUGAAAGCCACUGGAUGCUGCCUUCUCCAGUCCCAGUCAGGGAGCAGUCUGAAGAAUGCUCCCUUCAGCCAGUAAAAAAAGAGGAAGUUAGUAUAAUGACAGUGGAGAAGGAAGAGAAUGAAGACUGGCUGAACUCCGAUGAUGAGGAUGUUGUGAAAGUGACAGUGCCAUCAUUACGCUCUGAUAAAGCAUACACUCUGAUGGACUGUAAAAACCAGGAGGGUGAGAUUGAAUCUUGCAACAUGACAUCAGUGGAACCAGAGAAAGCAGCUUAUACAGAUAGGAAAGCUAGUGCUGUUAAUAAAAGUAACUCUAAGGGCCGUGGCCUGCGAUGCAAAUCAGGCAGACAGACAUUGAAGCCUUCAGUUACUGUUCAGUUGGACACUAGAACGGGCGAAACGAGUACCCUAAGUGAUUUUGAGCGUGGGAUGAUUAUCGGUGCAAGUUACGCCGGUUCCAGUAUCUCUGAAGUGGCUGCCCGGCUGGGAUUUUCACCCACAACGGUGUCUAAGGUUUACAAAGAAUAUAGAAAUGCUUCAAAGAAGUCCUAGAAAAGAACUCCAGUAAUGGUUCAGACUGUUUGAGGAUCUACAGCAUUUUUAAUUCACUCAGAAAAUGUAAUGAAAGAGAGAAUGAAAGAAACAAAACCAUCUGGACAAAAAUAAAUCCAUACAUAUGCUUCAAAAAAGAUACUGAAGACUAGAUCAUAUAAUAAAUGACCCACUCUGAAGAGAAGUAAAUAAAGCAGAGGAAUUGGAUGAAUUUAAAGCUGCACAGGGGGAAAUCCUUAUUAGUGUUCUCUGUUUGACGAAUGUUUAGGGUUUUUAAGAGACUACUUAAGAUGCAUUAAUCGGCUAGUGUGAGAAAAUGUUUUGAAUCUGGAAAAGGAUUCAUAAAACUAAUCCAACUGACUAUGAAACUAAAAAAACAAACCCAAUUAUUCCUACAGGAGAGUGACCAUUUAAAUGUCUAGCUGUAGAAAAUAAUUGUAAAGACAAGACUAUUAAACAAAAAACUCAAAAGUCCAAUACUGGAAUUUUGCCAUAUCUCGUCUCUGGUCAAUCUCCUCUCUUGAUAUCAUUAUAAGUAUAGUUUGUGCCAAGAAAAAAAGUUUGUACUUUUUUGGGGGGAAAUUUUGGCAAAUGAAAAUCUGACUGUCUUAAUUGGUGUCACAUUUAGGGCAGUUGGAUAGGCCUGUCUCUCAGGUGACGAGGGGUGACACUGAGUUAUCAGGCUAACUUUAUUUCCAGUUUAUUUGUGGAUGCUGCAGUGGCAGCUACUAUACAUUAUUCAUCUUUUUUUGUACAACAUGAUGUAGUAAAUAUAUUGGACAAAACAAUCAAAGUUAGACAACGGAUAUGUUAUUUUUUGAGCAAUUUAUGUUUGAUUUUGAAGGUAGUUAGACAUUGAUAACCUGAGUGCUAAGGUUAGAUACCUUGUCGCUACCUAAACAGCUAGUCCUAUGUCCUGUAUUCUCUAUGUAAUGUAUUAUAAAAUAUACAACGGUGUAGUUAAUAAUGGUUGUUCAUUUCCGUUGAUGUCCUUGUCAUUCUUUAAAGUUGAAAUGGAGUUCAGUUGAAAUUGGAUUCAUCAUGCAUAUGUUUUUCUUUUAAAGUGUCAAUAGAGGGAGAUACUUGUUAGGGGAUAACAGGCAGAGUUGGGGAGUUACAGAUUACAAAAAAACAGUAACUGUAAUCAGUUACGUUAUCAACAAAGAUAUUGU